UCUAGUUACUUCUUUUUCUUUUCCUUCCCUUCCUAUUUUGCAGCCAACAGUCCAACUAUUCCUUUCUCUUCUUCCCCUUCCUUCCGACUCAAACCAAACGCUACGUAAAAGAUUAAUAAGAAGAAAACAACAGAAAGGACAGAGAAGAGAAAAGGAUCGCAGAGAAGCUCUUAAAAUAUCUCAUGGAACCCUAGUUUUCUCCGUCUCUCUCCGAAUCUACCCUCUAAUCUGCAUACUUUCUCGUUCUUCUCUGUAAAUCUAGGUUUGUUCGUUUCGAUCUCUCUUAAAUCCUCAUAGCCCUCCCACUUUCCCCCCAAAAUAUAGGGUUUUCCGUUGUUCUACUCAUACAAUGUUCUCUCAGAAGGUUUGACAUCUCCAAAAAGAGCUAUUGGUACCGAAUUUGACGAGAGAGAUAUAGAGGAUAUGUAUAGAGAUCGAGGUGGUGGAUCAUCGAAGUCGGAGAUCGUCGGUGGGCCGUUGGAUCGGAAGCGAAUCAACGAUGCGUUAGAUAAGCACCUGGAAAAGUCAUCGCCGUCGACUUCGAGGGGUUUGAACAGCAACAAGAAGGAAAAAGAGAGAAUAUCCAUCCCGUCCACCUCAACAGGUGGUGGUGUUGGCAAAUUGCAGCAGCUUGAUCAUCGUGACAAUCGGUCAUCAUCGACUCUCACCACCAAGAACAAAUGCUCUGAUGAGGAAUCUGAAACAGAUAGUGAAGAGUCUGAUGUUAGUGGUUCCGAUGGGGAUGACACGUCUUGGAUUUCAUGGUUUUGCAAUUUGCGAGGAAAUGAAUUUUUCUGUGAAGUUGAUGAUGAUUACAUCCAAGAUGAUUUUAAUCUUUGUGGGUUAAGCAGUCAAGUUCCGUAUUAUGAUUAUGCGUUGGAUCUAAUUCUGGAUGUUGAGUCGUCACACAGUGAUAUGUUCACUGAAGAACAAAAUGAAUUGGUUGAAUCAGCGGCAGAAAUGCUGUAUGGUUUGAUUCAUGUCCGAUAUAUAUUGACUGGCAAGGGAAUGGCGGCAAUGUUAGAGAAGUACAAAAACUACGAUUUUGGGAGAUGCCCCAGAGUUUACUGUUGUGGACAACCCUGUCUUCCGGUUGGUCAAUCAGAUAUUCCACGGUCUAGUACCGUAAAGAUUUACUGUCCCAAAUGCGAAGAUAUUUACUACCCUCGAUCUAAGUAUCAAGGCAAUAUUGAUGGAGCUUAUUUCGGAACCACAUUUCCUCACCUGUUCCUGAUGACUUAUGGUCACCUCAAACAACAGAAAGCAACGCAGAGCUAUGUUCCAAGAGUAUUUGGCUUCAAGCUCCACAAGCCAUGACACAAAAGUUCCUUGCUGCAACAUGUGGACUCACUCUCAACUGCUUAGAAAUGGUGGUUCUUUGUUGCUUCUGUUGAUGUAGAAGUGGUAAUAACAAGUGAGGUAAAGUGCAGCAGUUCAGAAAAUACGAAUUUGAUUAAUUGAUGAAAAAUCAAUUGUAGCUCAUCCAUGAAUCUAACUUAUCCUUAUAAUUUAUCCAUGAAUUUAAUGAGCCCUUGUAAGCUUAUUUCUUUUUCCCUGAGUUCAGAAAAAAUUGAAGUAUGUUUUUGCA